GCUUUCUCGCCUCGUGCCCCUUUAUUGUAGAGCGGUGGUGGUGGUGGUGGUGACGGGGAAAGGCUGUGGCGCAGGGCGACACUGCGGGGUGUCCGGUUUCAUACCGUGCGCUAGGAGCGACUGGGACGGAACGCUCGUCAGCUGGGGGGGCAAAUACAUCGACGCCACCGACGCGAAAGGAACAGGGCUAGAGUCUAGAAGGAGAUAGCCAGCACGUCUAGUGCAGGGGAUACACGGGCAUUGGUGUUUGUUCAACAGAGACGGGAACAACGAGGAUAUUUGACCUUUUUCCAGUCUACCUUUUUUAUUAUUUGUUGUUGUGAAAACACUUCUGACUGGACCAGACUCACAGCUCGUCGCUCGCCGCUAGAUGAACGGGAGUUGGGCACCUCACUUGGUGUGUUGUCUCUGUGAUGCUCUUAGCCCCCUGAGGCCAGAGGAGAAGUGAGUCAGGCCCAGCCCUCCCCCCUUCAUGGGACACCCCCUUACCCAGCAUGCACUGCUGCUCCUGCAGUGCAUGCUGGUCCUGCGACCAGGAGGCGUGGCGGGUCGGAGAGGGCCGGUUCUGCUGCCCGAGUCUCCCUGUUAUAAAACCGAGCACCCUCUGGUGCCACACUCAGAAAUGGAGCCAUGGAUCUUCAGGUUUAAGGCAGAGGGCACGGUGGAUUUCUCACAGCUGACCUUCGACCCCGGCCAGAACGAACUGAUUGUGGGCGCCAGAAAUCAUCUCUUCAGACUCAGUCUGGAAGACCUGACACUUAUUCAGGGGGCAGAGUGGCACUGCGAUGAGUUCACCAAGGGAGCCUGCUUCAGCCGGGGAAAGUCUGAGGAGGAGUGCCAGAACUACAUCCGCGUUCUGCUGGUGAACGGCAACAGGUUGUUUACCUGCGGAACCAACGCCUUCACUCCCAUCUGCACCAACCGAACGCUGACCAACCUGACAGAGAUCCACGACCAGAUCAGCGGCAUGGCGCGCUGCCCCUACAACCCGCGCCACAACUCCACCGCCCUCAUCACGUCCGCCGGCGAGCUCUACGCCGCCACCGCCAUGGACUUCUCGGGUCGCGACCCCGCCAUCUACCGCAGCCUGGGGGGCAUGCCCCCGCUCCGCACCGCGCAGUACAACUCCAAGUGGCUCAACGAGCCCAACUUCGUAUCGUCCUACGACAUCGGCAACUUCACCUACUUCUUCUUCCGGGAGAACGCGGUGGAGCACGACUGCGGGCGCACGGUGUUCUCGCGCGCCGGCCGCGUCUGCAAGAACGACAUCGGGGGCCGCUUCCUGCUUGAGGACACCUGGACCACCUUCAUGAAGGCGCGGCUCAACUGCUCCCGGCCCGGGGAGAUCCCCUUCAACUACAACGAGCUGCAGGGCACCUUCUACCUGCCCGAGAUGGAGCUGCUCUACGGCAUCUUCACCACCAACGUGAACAGCAUCGCUGCCUCCGCGGUGUGCGCCUUCAAUCUCAGCGCCGUCACGCAGGUCUUCAGCGGCCCCUUCAAGUUCCAGGAGAACUCCCGGUCGGCCUGGCUGCCCUUCCCCAACCCCAAUCCAGACUUCCAGUGUGGCACCAUCGACUACGGCUCCUACGUCAACCUGACGGAGCGCAACCUGCAGGACGCCCAGAAGUUCCUGCUGAUGCACGAGGUGGUGCAGCCCGUGGUGCCCGUGCCCUACUUCAUGGAGGACAACGUGCGCUUCACCCACGUGGCCGUGGACGUGGUCCAGGGCAAGGACCAGCUCUUCCACAUCAUCUACCUGGCCACAGACUAUGGCACUAUCAGGAAGGUGCUCUCCCCUCUGAACCAGUCCAUGGGGAACUGCCUGUUGGAGGAGAUUGAGCUGUUCCCUCCCAGGAAGAGGCAGCACAUCCGCAGCCUGCUGAUCCUGCACAGUCGCAGCGAGCUCUACGUGGGCGUCCGCGACCAGGUUCUUAAGAUACCGCUGAAGAGGUGCAACUACCACAAGACCAGAGAGUCGUGUGUGGGGGCCAGGGACCCUUACUGCGGCUGGGACCUGGUGCUGAAGAAGUGCACCACUCUAGAGCAGAGUGUUCGGAUGAGCCAAUGGGAGCAGAGCAUCACCAAGUGCCCUGUGCGUAACGUGACGGUGGACGGGGGGUACGGCGCCUGGGCGAGCUGGGCUGCCUGUAGUCAUAACGACGGCGGCAGUGGGGGCGCCUGCCUGUGUCGGACGCGGGCGUGUGAUAAGCCCGCCCCCCAGUGCGGCGGCCAGUCCUGUCAGGGUAUCAGCGUGGAGGUCGCCAACUGUUCACGGAACGGUGCGUGGACCCCCUGGACCCUGUGGUCCCCCUGCAGCACCAGCUGUGGCAUCGGCUUCCAGGUCCGCCAGCGCUCCUGCAGCAACCCCACGCCCCGCCACGGCGGCCGUGUGUGUGUGGGCCAGAACCGGGAGGAGCGGUACUGCAACGAACACCUGCCAUGCCCGGCACACGUCUAUUGGUCGGCGUGGUCGGCAUGGGAACGGUGCACGGUGCCGUGCGGUGGAGGCAUCCAAUCGCGACGCAGGACCUGCGAGAACGGAAACGAGUGUCCCGGGUGUAGCCAGGAGUACCAGUCCUGCAACACGGCGCCCUGCCCCGACCUGAAGAAGACCACGCCCUGGACGCCGUGGACGCCCGUCAACAUCUCCGACAACGGCGGCCACUACGAGCAGCGCUUCCGCUACACCUGCAAGGCGCGCGUGGCCGAGGCCAGCCUGCUGGAGGUGGGGCGGCAGCGCAUCGAGAUGCGCUACUGCUCCAGCGACGGCUCCACGGGCUGCUCCACCGACGGCGAGGUGCUCCGGCUGGGCAGGAUCUCGGGCCACGCGGUCAGCGGUGGCUGGACUCCCUGGAGCUCCUGGGCCCAGUGCAGCAGAGACUGCAGCCGGGGGGUCCGCAGCCGGAAGAGGUCCUGCAGCAACCCCGAGCCCAAGUACGGGGGGCAGACCUGCAUGGGAGCGGCGCAGGAGUAUCAGGAGUGCAACGUCACCCCCUGCCCAGUGGACGGGAGCUGGUCCUGCUGGUCGUCAUGGUCGCGCUGCUCCGUGACCUGCGGGGGGGGUCAUUACAUGAGGACCAGGACCUGCAGCAACCCCCCACCGGCCCACGGAGGAGACAUCUGCCUGGGCCUGCACACUGAGGAGGCCCUGUGCAACACACAGCCCUGUCCAGAGAGUUGGUCCAGCUGGUCAGACUGGUCCCAGUGUGAAGGGGCCGUGUCCCAGAUGCGAGUGCGCCACUGCGAUGUCCUCUUCCCUACUGGGAACCAGUGCUCAGGCAACAGCACCGAGACCAGACCCUGCCCGCCCGACUCCAACUUUAUAUCAGAAGUCUCCAUUGCCCGCUCAAGUCAAGAGGAGAUUUACUGUGGAGACUUCAACCUGUUCCACAUGAUGGCGGUGGGUCUGAGCAGCUCCAUCUUGGGCUGCCUGGUGACCCUGCUGGUGUACUCCUACUGCCAGCGCUACCAACAGCAGUCCCACGACGCCACCGUCAUCCACCCGGUGUCGGCGCCGCUCAACACCAGCAUCACCAACCACAUCAACAAGCUGGACAAAUACGACUCGGUGGAGGCCAUCAAGGCCUUCAACAAGAACAAUCUGCUCCUGGAGGAGAGGAACAAGUACUUCAAUCCUCAACUCACCGGAAAGACCUACACCAAUUCCUUCUUCACCGACCUGAACACCUACGAUGACUAUUAAAGCACUCGUAGCGACAGCCUAGAGGCCUGUGCACAUCAGGACGCAAAAUCCAUUGAGAGCCUCAACUUUUUUCUCACUGUUGCUUUAUAUAUAAAAAAAAAAAAUCUUUUUUGCCUGAGACAACCCGACCGCUGAGAAAAAAAUGCCAGCUGGUAUUCGAUUAAAGAAAAGACUUGCAGUAUCGCCGGCAGAGAGAAACACACACCCUUUUUUUCUCCCUCAGGUGCCUUGGGGUGCACUUGGGAAGCUCUUUCGCUGUAUUUGUGUGUGUGUGUGUAAGUAUGUGUGUGUUCCCGUCAAGGUGGCGGAAAAAAAUUAAAUAAAAAAAAAGCCAACUCUUAAGAGAUUGCAGGGAAAUGAUCUCUUCAAACACUGACGCCUCUUUAAUAAGAAGUCGUUUUUUGUUCUACAAAAGGAGAAACAUAACCAACCACCAAAU